AUGAUGCUUGGCGGUGUAUUCUUCUGUGUGAAGGCAGCAGCCUGGGGACAGCAGCUGCGGCUGCUAAGGAUGAUGAUGAUGAGGGUGCAGCAGCAGUGGCAGCAGCAGCACCUGCAGCGGCAGCACUUCUUUCGUUCUCUCUCCUACCACUCCAUUCAUUGCAUUCUCAGCAGCAGCAGCAGCAGCAGCAGCAGCGCUACAAGCAGCAGCAGCAGCAGCAGGAGUAGCAAGAGAUGUGUGUUGUGUUUUGUGUUUGCUGCUGCUGCUGCUGCUGCUGCUGCUGCUGCUGCUGCAGAUGAUGCUUGGCGGUGUAUUCUGCUGUGUGAAGGCAGCAGCCUGGGGACAGCAGACGAAGAGGCGAUGCCGGUUGGGUUGGGUUUGUUUAUAGAUGAUGCUUGGCGGUGUAUUCUUCUGUGUGAAGGCAGCAGCCUGGGGACAGCAGACGAAGAGGCGAUGCCGGCGGAUGUAGACACGCCGCUCCUUACCUCGCCUGCUGUCUUCUUCAUUGCAGAGUCAACGGGGGAGGCGGAUGUAGACACGCCGCUCCUUACCUCCCCUGCUGUCUUCUUCAUUGCAGAGUCAACGGGGGAGGUGACUGUACACCUGGCGGACCGCUGCUCCACCCUCGUACGCGAGACGGAGGCGUUUGAGAUCCCGCUGCUGCCUCCGCUGCUGCAGCAGCAGCAGCAGCAGCAGCAGCAGCAAGAAGACGGCCGGCUGCAGCAGCAAAUGAAAUUGUGGUCGGAGCGGCUUACUAAGAAGGAGCAGCUGCAGCAGGAGAAGCCCACGCCCGUCGCCGCUCCGGAAGAGGAAGCCUGCAGCAGCAGCAGCAGCAGCAGCAGCAGCAGCAAACGACGUAGUAUCAGCAGCAACAAAUCGCGUAGCAGCAGCAGGCGAAGCCCUAGCGGCAACGCGAGAAGCCCACGCCCGUCGCCGCUCCGGAAGAGGAAGCCUGCAGCAGCAGCAGCAGCAGCAGCAGCAGCACCAGCAAACGACGUAGUAUCAGCAGCAACAAAUCGCGUAGCAGCAGCAGGCGAAGCCCUAGCGGCAACGCAGAGAAGACGCGAAGCAACGGUAAAAAGAAAAGCAGCAGCAGCAGCAGCAGCAGCAGCAGCAGCAGCAGCAGAGGUCAGCACAGCGGCAGCAAGCGUGAUGCGAGCAGCCGCAAAAGCAAAAGUUGCUGCCGGCGAAGAGCUCUUCGGCACCCGGGGUACGCUUGCUGCUGCUGUUGCUGCUCCUCUUGCUGCAGCACUGCGUGCGUUUGAGUGGAGGUUAGCUGCAGGUCAGCACAGCGGCAGCAAGCGUGAUGCGGGCAGCAGCAAAAGCAAAAGUAAAGAGAAGCGUCUCAGCCGCAGCAGCCGCAGCAACCGCAGCACCGAUGCUGCUGCGGAUCUGUGGAGCCGCAGCAGCAAAGCAGCAAAGGAGGCGACGCUUGCAGCAGCAGAACAGGCGGUGCAUGCUGCAGCACAUGGGCGCAGCGCCAAGAGCAGCAGCAGCAGCAGCAGCAGCAGCAAGAGCAGCAGCAGCAACGCACUAAACAAGUGGCGGCAGCUGCUGCAGUCUUCUCCCGAGCAUAUAGAGGUGGUAUCCCUCCUCAAGCGAGUUGCUGCCGGCGAAGAGCUCUUCGGUACCAGGGGGACGCUUGCUGCUGCUGUUGCUGCUCCUCUUGCUGCAGCACUGCGUGCGUUUGAGUGGAGGUUAGCUGCUUCUGAAGUUUGCUGCACUGCAGCACGAAAGUCUCUGGUGCAGCAGCUGCAGCAGCAGCAGCAGCAAAUUGAGGAGCAGCAGACUAGCCUACAGCAGCAGCAGCAGCAGCAGCAGCAGCAGCAGCAGCAGCAGCAGCGUGCGGCAACUUUAGCUUCGCAGGUGACUGGGCUGCAGCAGGCUGUACAUACACUGCAGCAGCAGCAGCAGGUGCUGCUGCAGCGGUUAUCGAAGCUUAAUGGGGUAGAAGAGGCCCAGGCGGAGAGCAGAAGCAGACAGCAGCAGCAGGUGCUGCUGCAGCGGCUAUCGAAGCUUAAUGGGGUAGAAGAGGCCCAGGCGGAGAGCAGAAGCAGAGUGCGGCGGCUUGUAAGCAGGCUGUUGGUGCAGCAGCAGCUGCUGCAGCAGCAGCAGCAGGAGAACGAUAGUCUGAUGCUGCUGACGACGCAGGAGCAGCACAACCUGGAGGACUUGGCGUUGCUGCCGCCUUCAGCUUCUGCUGCUGCUCAACUAGAAGAGCUGCAGCAGCAGCGAACUGCAGCACGGGAGAGGACCCGACAGUUGCAGCAGCUGCUGCUGCGUCUGCAGCAGCAGCAGCAGCUGCAGCAGCAGCUGUAUGAAGAGCAGUUGGCUCUCGCAAACGACGUGCAAGACAAGCAGACAUCGCAGACGCUGCAACGCCUUGGUGCUGCAGUGACGCAGCAGCAGCGGCGGGUUCUGCUGCUGCUGCGGCGUGCUGAGGCUCUGGCGCUGGGGAUGAUUGGCCGGGCGAUCCCCAUAGGACAGCAGCAACAGCAGCAGCAGCAGCAGACGGAGCAGCAGUUGCUGCCGCAGCAGCAGCAGCAGCAGCAGCAGCAGCAGCAGCAGCAGCAGAAGCAAGCUGACAAGCCACCUAGUGCUGCUGCUACAAGCAGCAGCAGCAACAGCAGCAGCAGCAGCAGCAGCAGCAGGAGGCCGUGCAGGCCCGGGGCCUGCUUCAUGUUACCUUCUAGCUUCUUGGAGGGCGCGACAGACGAGUCGCUGCAGCAGCAGACAGCUCAUGCUCCAUCAGCAGCAGCAGCAGCAACAGCAACAGAGGCAGCAGCAGCAGCAGCAGCAGCAGGCAUGUGGCAGUCUCUCUUCAUUGCUGCUGACCAAGAUGCAGCAGCAGCAGCAGAUGUUGCUGCUGCUGCUGACGCUGCUGUGUCUGCACACAAGAGGGAGGUUACUGCUGCCAGCUGUGAGCAGCAGCCAGGACUGCAACACGAACAUCAACAGCAGCAACAGCAGCAGCAACAGCAGCAGCAACAGCAGCAGCAGCAGCAGAGAGCUCUCCUCGAGUUGCUGCAGAAAGCAAAGCUCCUGCAGCAGCAGGCAGGAGAACUGGAGGAGGCUGUUGCUGCUGUGGAGCAGCAGGCAGCUUCUUGUCUCCCGCUUGAGCCGUUCUCUGCUGCAGGUGCAGCUGAUAUACAGGACGCAGGGGACUUGCUGCAGCAGCUGCAGCAGCAGCAGCAGCAGCAGCAGCAGCAGUUGCUGCUGCCGCCGCAGUUCGGGCUGCCUGCUGCUGCCACAGCAGCAGAACUCAAGCCUCACGGAGACACUUCUAUGCUGCCGUUGGUGCAGCGGUUGCUGCAGGAGCACACAGCCACUCGCGCCCGCGAGGCAGCGGGUCGGCGUGCGUUGCUGCAGCAGCUGCAGCAGCAGCAGCAGCAGCAGCAGCAACCGCAGCAGCAGCAACAGCAGCAGCAGGGAGUCAGUUUCUUUGCAGCAACAGCAGCAGAACUGGAAGCAGCAGAUGAUAGCAUAGGUCUCCACGCCAAAGGAGACAGCAGACUUGAGCAGGAGACAGAGCUCGACCUCGAUUGGGAGACGCUGCCCAGCAGCCUUGAUGAAUACAGCAGCAGCAGCAGCAGCAGCAGAAGCAGGAGCAGCAGCAGAACCAGCAGCAGCAGCAGCGGUGAUUUCUGCGCGAGGGAAACCAGAAGCAGCCGCAGGGGACGCCGGAGGUACCGUCGUGGCGGCAGCAGCAGCAGGAGCAGCAGCAGCAACAGCAGCAGGAGCAGCAGCAGCAGCAGCAGAAGAGAUGCAAUGGUUGACAGCGACAGCGAUGCAUUGGUGGGGGCUGAGGAGACAGGCGACCGCAGCAGCAGCAACAGCAGCAGCAGGGAGUCAGUUUCCUUGCAGCAACAGCAGCAGAACUGGAAGCAGCAGAUGAUAGCAUAG